UAGGUACUGAUAAUGGAGGUCUAUCUUCUAAUAGUAUUUUUCAUAAUACACCAUUAAGUUCAAACUAUUGGGGAAUACCACCACAUGCCGAUCUCGCACAAUGGACUUCUUUUAUGGAGGCACAACAAAGUAAUCAUUUUUCUGGUCAUGCAUCAACAACUACUUCUGGUGAUAGUAGUCAUCAUGGAGUUCAAAUUUCACAACCCAAUCUUGACACCGUGCCCUCACAACCAUAA